AUGUCUUUAGAUAUUUAAAGUGAUUAUUUGGAUUAUGCUUCAGUUCUUGAUGACAAGUACUUUAUUAUUGAUACAAUUGGAGUUGGCAGAUACGCAAAGUAAUUUUAUAAUGUUGAUUAUUUUAGAGUAAAGUUAGCCAUCGAUGUAUAAGAUAAGUAAAAGUACGCAAUAAAAAUUAUGAAGAAUGAUCCAACUGCAAAUCAAAACAAACUAUAACAAUUUAUAAAUGAGGUAUCUCAUUAAGCUGAGUUUGAACAUAAUAAUAUAAUAAAGAUUAUUUAAGUAUUUGAGAUCUUAAAUAAUAGUGCAGCAUAAAUGGGAAGUACAGGAAAGUGGAUGGAAGAUUAUGUUAAGUGUCUUAUUUUGUAAUGGAAUUGGCAGAUCAAGGGGAAUUAUUUGAAUUGCUAGAAUAAACUCAUUAAUUCUCUGAGAAAUUUUCAAGAGGAAUAUUUUCCCAGUUGAUUAAGGGUAGUUUAUACAACUUAACUUAGUUUAGGCAUUGAAUAUUUACAUGAAAGAGGAAUAGUUCAUAGAGACAUAAAAUCAGAAAACAUUUUAUUUAGCAAUGGUAUCUUGAAGCUAGCUGAUUUUGGAUUCAGUGCCAAAUCUGUGGAUCAAACUGGAGCCAAAAUAUAAUUUGAGGUUCAAUAAUACUUGGGAUCUCCAGAGUACAAUCCACCAGAACUUUCAAAUACAAGUAAACAAUUUUUAUAACCUCUAGUUGGUAAAUAAAAAUAUUAUAUCCCCGAAUCCGCUGAUAUAUUUGCAUCAGGAGUCAUUCUCUUUACUAUGGCGAUGAGAUCUGCUCCAUUCAAAACCUCCAAAAAUACAGACCCUUAUUAUUCUCUUUUAAAACAGGACAAACAAAAGUUUUGGCAAGUGUUCUAAGAGUUGAACAAUAACGUAUCUCAUCAAUUUAAAGAUCUCAUUGAGAAAAUAUUGGAAGAAAACCCAUAAAAGAGAAUCUCCUUGGAGUAAAUUAAGAAGCAUCCCUGGAUGUAGGGUUAGAUUUCUAAUUUGGCUGAUUUUAAAACAGAAAUUAACAAUAGAUAUGAGAUAGUUUAAAAUAAAAUGAAGGAAAAAAUAACAUUUAGAAGACAAUAGAAAUUUACUAACAGAAGAUAUCAAAAGAGAAUUGAAAUGGCUAUUCCCAAUCUCAUUCCACCAAAAUAUCUAUAAGAAAGUUUAGUAGUAAUUGAUGAUGUAAAUAAAUAAACAUUAUAAAGAUCAAUGAUAAAUUGCAGAAGAGAUUACUACCAUAAGCCUAUCAGGAUUAAAUAAGUUAGUAAGCUUAGCCAACAGCAGAAUUUAAAAUUAUUGAAAUACAAUAGAAAACUAAAUCUAAAAGAUAAUUAGAAGGAUCUAAAAAGUCUAGCCCUGCUACUCCUCCUAAUGAUUCUGAUAAUUGA